AUGAAGAAUGAAAAACUAACGAAAAACAUAACAAAAAAAAAAAAAGUAUCUACAUUAAAAGAAAAAAGAAAGAAGAAAAAUAAGUUUGAGAAUAAUUUAAAACAUAACUUAAAUGUACUAGAUUUAAAAAAUAAAAAGAAAAGUAAAAGUAAUGAAGAAAAAAGUGUAAAAAAUAAUAAAAAAAAAGAAGAAAAAAAAGAAGAAAAAAAAGAAGAAAAAAAAGAAGAAAAAAAAGAAGAAAAAAAGAAAUAUAUAAUAGAAACAGAAAAUAGCAGUAAAAAUGUUCAUGUAAUUGAAAAAAAUAAUGAAAAACAAAAAAGGAAUAUAAAAAAAAAAAAAUUGAAUAAAAAUUUAGGAAAAUUAGUACAUAAAUUUAUAGACAAAAAAAUAUCAAAAAAAAAUAAAAAGGAGAAAGUAAAUAAUAACGACAUAAAUAUAAUAAAAAAAAAUAAAAAGGAAAAAGUAAAUAAUAACGACAUAAAUAUGAUAAAAAAAAAUAAAAAAAAAGACGUUGAAAAAAAAUCAAAUAAUAAAAUAAAACUGCUUAACAAGAAUGUUAUAAAAAGCAAAAAAGUAAAAAAAGAGAAAAAAAAAAAAAAUAAUAAUAAUAAACUAGACAUAAUAAAUGAAAAAGAUAAAAAUACUAAAAUUAUGAACAGAGAAAAAAAUAAUAAAGAAAAUAAUGUAAUAAAAAAAUCGAAAAAUGAAAAUAAAAAAAAUAUUAAAAAAGAAAAGAUAAAGGAGAAAACAAGUAAUAAAAUAGAUAGCACAGGGAAAAAUAAUUAUGAAAUUAACAAAAAAGAAAAGAAAAAUAAUGAGUAUAAUCUAAAUAAUGAUGAAAUAAUUGUUGAUUUUGAAUUAAUAGAUCCACAUGAUACAUACAAAGAUAAUAUAAGAAUAUUAUUAAAAAGCACAGAAUUAUAUAACAAUCUAAAAUUUUCAGAACAAUUAAUUACUAUAAUAUGUGAUCAACAAAAUAUUGGAAAGUUUUUAUGUGUUUCAAAUGAAAAGGAUAACAUAAUUAGCUUUUUAACUAUUAUUAAUCUAAAUCAAUAUGAUGAAAUAAAAGAUUUAAAAGAAUUUUUAUUAAAUAAAAUAAAGAAAUCAAGUACGAAAGAAUUUCAAGAAAGUAUAAAAGAAUUAAGUAGAUUAUUAUCAACUAAUAAAAAUAUAGGUUUACUAAUUAAUAGUAGAAUAAUAAACUGUCCAAUUAAAUUAAUUCCUUUAAUUCACAAAAAUGUUAUUGAUGAUGUUUUUUGGUCACAAGGUAUAGUAGAUUUAGAUGAAGAUGAAAAAAAAUUUUAUUUUUUUGAUUAUAUACUUUUUUAUACAAAAGUAUAUAAAAAUUUAAAUGAUGAAUUAAUUUUUUCCAACUUUGAAGAACAAUAUUUCUUUGAGCAUAAAAUUCAUUAUAUAAUGUGGAAUAAUAAUAACAUUAAAAAGUUUUAUGAAAUUAUAAAUAAUAAAAAAAAAGAAGUAAAUUACAAAGAAUAUAUUAUUAUUUUCCUUAUUCCUUUUGAUAAGAUGAAAGAUGCAAUAGAUAAGUUUUCCCUUUUUAUAUAA